AUGAAAAAAAAAUUGAACACUAUUGAACAUUGUUCAGGCGGCCAGAAUACACCACUGCGUUACUUACGAGCAAGAUCAUUUUCUCUAAUGCAAAGAAGUUUGGUAGAAUGUUCGGUUGAAAUAACUGAGAUAUGUCUAAACGCCCAGUGCGCUCACACACGAUUUCGAAAUCAUGCAGAAUACAACCUAAUACUCAGUAAUAACUGUGCAGUCGCAUUCUCUGAUAAAACUGGCCUUAUCGCUCAUGCAGCUGGGUGUGUGACAGUUCUUCAUUCAUUUGAAAAUGAACGUCAACAAUUUAUACAAAGUCAAAGUCGCAAGGCUAUUACAGCAGUGGAUUUUAGUUCAGAUGGAAAAUAUUUAGCCACAGGAGAGUCGGGCCAUCAACCAAUGGUUCGACUUUGGAAUGUAUCAGAACGUUGUCAACUGGCUGAAUUCGGUGGUCAUCAUUUUCGUGUAGCGGCAGUGCGUUUCAGUCCAAAUGAUCAAUAUUUAGUAAGUAUCGGGAGUCAAGAGGAUCAUACCUUGUAUGUAUGGGAUAGACAAAGUGGACAACGAGUAGCAAGCGCUAAGGUUACAAAUCGAAUCUAUGGAGUUGCUUUCAGUCCAACUGGACAAUUUUUUGUCACUGUUGGUGUCCGUUAUGUUCGUUUUUGGUAUUUGGAGAAUAAACGGAACAAAAUUCGUGAGACGUUACCACUGCAUGGAAGAAAUGCUAUUCUUGGUGAUAUGUUCAAUAGUGUAUUUACUGAUGUGUGUUGUGUUGUCUCAUCUUCAUCAUCAUCACCCCCGGCUUCAGCCUCCUCCUCUUCUGCCUCCUUUAAUCCCGGUGGUUCUUCUCAAAUUAAUUCUGCUCGAUCGAAAUCGUCGUCGGAUCAUGAAGAUGUGACAAAUAAUAGUGCUACUAGUACUAAGAAUACAUCACCUUCAGUUAAUAAUACUGCUGCUAGUGGUGGUAAUACAACUUUAACAUUAGUAGUAAAUACUGCUGGACGUUUAAUACAAUUUAAUGGUCAAAGAGAUUUAGACAAAUGGGUUGAUUUGAAGACAUCUAGAGCAAAUUGUAUUUCAACAAGUGGUUCAUGGGUUACUGUUGGCUGUACUACCGGUGUUUGCCUUAUUUUUGAGGCUGAAAGUUUACAGUUUAUUGCUAAACUUCCCUUGCCUCAUACAUUGGGCUCAAGUUUGCAUCUUUCUUUAGAUGUAGCCAAUGAUUCAACUGGAAAUGAACCUAUCUAUCCUGAUAUUAUUGCAAUCAAAUUGGAUUGUACUCGUAAUCGUUUAAUAUGCUUUUAUAAUGAUCAUAGUAUUCAUGUUUGGGAUAUACACGACUUGUCAACAAUACAAAAGUGUCGAUCACAUUUCUAUCACAGUCGGGGAAUAUGGUCAAUUGAUUGUUUACCUGAACAAUGGCAGCAUAAUAAUAAAUCUUUAAGUCAUUUACCAUCAUGGUGGUUAAAUGAUAUGUUUGCCACAUGUUCAGAUGACGGGACUAUUCGAUUUUGGAGCUUAAUUGCUAAUCAUCGAUCGGUGAAUAAUGAUAGUAGUGGAAUACGAUUGUCAACAAGUGUUCCAGCUGAUUCAGAGUUUGCAGGAUCUGCAACAUUUGAGUGUACAGAGCAACUUGCCGGUAUCAUAUAUGCAGAUCCAAGUUACAAAUAUUUAUGCACUAGUGAUCGUUCUUCAACUGAAAUCACUUUACCUAAAUUAGAAGGUGGAGUAGGUCCAUUAGGUGGGCCAGGUUUUGUACCUGGUACAAAUGAUAUUGGACAAAUUGACUCAGCGCUUCAAUCACCAGUAUCGCCAUCACGUCCUUCAUUCAGUGAGCAUUGUCAAUUGAUUUCUGCUUCAAAUUGUACAACUACUGCCGGCAAUAGUAACAAUAUUUCUUCUGGAUCACCAUCGUCUUGUGUACGUACAAUAUGUAUUAGUCCAGAUGGUCGUCAUUUAGCGGCUGGUGAUCGGGAUGGUAGUUUAAGAGUUUAUUCUUUAGAGACGCUGGAAUUAUUUUGUCAAAUACCUGCUCAUGAUAAUGAAAUUUUAUCAUUGAACUUUUUUCGAUCACAUUCAGUUCCACAACUCGUACUGUUAUGUUCUGCAUCACGUGAUCGUAUGAUACAUAUCUUUGAUCCGAAUAAAGAAUACUCUCGUGUACAAACGAUAUCUGAUCAUUCAGGGGCAAUAUUUUCAGCAAAAAUUAUUGAAACUGAAGAUGGAGAAAUUCGUUUAAUCUCCUGUGGGAUGGAUAAAUCUUUAUUGUUUAGAAUACUUGAACCUGAUGAAUCUGGUCAAACAGCUCACUUCGCACUUGAACACCACUUAGUUGGUCGUCAUUCUCAACUGGAUGCUACAAUUACGCCUACGCUUACUACUUCACCGCCAGAUAGCCGUACAAAUUCUGUUAAUCGUAAACGCUAUCUAGCUGUUGCAUGUCAGGAUAGAAGAUUAAGAAUUUAUAAUGUUGUUACAGCACGUCCAGUUCGAUGUUAUCGUGGUAGUUAUACUGAAGAUGGUUUUCUUGUUCGUUGUACUAUAGAUCCAACAGGAUCUAUUAUUGCAACUUCAGGUUCAGAUAAACAGCUGAAUUUAUUUCAUUUACUUACUGGUGAAUCCAUUGCCACACUCUACGGCCAUUCAGAAUUAAGUUUAGGCUUACGUUUUCUACCAAAUCUACGGUAUUUAAUCUCAGUCAGUGCAGAUAGUUGUAUAUUUGUCUGGCGUUUAUCCUCCGCUCUUACACAAUAUUUACGUGAACGUAUAACAUCAUCAACAGCAGCAACGUCAGCAUCACAUAUACAUAAAACAUCGCUAGGGAAUUCAAUAAGUUAUCCUCAAUUGGAUGGUAUUUCUUUGACGACAACAACAGUAUCAAGUGGUGGCGGCAGUGGAGUUGAAUACGGUGGAUUAUAUCGUAUCAAUCGAUCAGAAUAUUCUCGUCUUCGCAAUAAAUCAUCUCUGUUAAAUUUAAAUGCUGCACCACGUAAACAUAUUUGUAAAAAUUCCAACAGUGAUGGUGAUCAUGAUGAAGGAUCACGACGUGGGUUAGUCAACCAAUGUGCAGGAUAUAAUAAUAAUGAAGGUGGUGGUGAAUAUGUUGAUGAAGAGGAAGGCGACGACAUCAUCGACAAUGAAGAAGAUGAUGAUGAUAUCACAUCAGCCAGUCAAACAUUGCCACCGUCUGAAUGGAAUGAUUCCCUCGGAGAAUAUGAUAAAAUUGAACAUUUAUACGAUGAUGAUAGUGAGUUGGAUUCUUAUCCUUUAGAUGACGUGUUAUCAGUGGAUAAUAUGUCGAAUUGUAUGGCCACGAACAUGAGUCAUAAUAAUAAUAAUAAUAAUAGUGUAAAGAAACGUAAAUCUGCUGUUAGUGAAAUUGACCCAAAUAUGUGGGGUGACACCGUAACUAAUCAUGCGUGUAAAACACGUGGACAAGUGGCAUCGACUACACUCACAACUUCAGCCAAUAACAAUAGUAGUAGUAAUAAUAAUAAUAAUGGUAACAAUCGUAAUACAAAAAAGCCUGAAUUCUAUUUCAGUGUUAGUGCACUUCCUGCUUGGGCAAGAAGAAAGUUGAGUCGACGUGAAUCGGUCACUCUUGUGCCAACAUCUUUAUCACAGGUUGUCAAUACUGACUUAGAUAUUGUCGGAUCAGAUUCAGCGAGUCAAGCAUCUGUAGGAAGUGGUCCAAUACUGCCUGUAUCAUCAAGUAGUCCUGGUUCACAUGAAACUAUUCCUGAUCAUAUUCCUCUAUCAACAAUGACAAGUAAUAAAAUAUCGAAGCAUAAUCGUCUGUCUAGUAAAAAGUCGAUGGAUGACGAUACAUGUGAAAGAAAUGUGUUAACACCAGUAUCUGGAGGUGUCCCAGGUGUAACUAUUGCUCAGUCCGCAAUCCCAACUAACAAUCAACAUACACAUUCACAAAUUAAAACAUACAAUCAAAUGUCUCGAUCUGAGUAUAAAGCUAGAGAAUGUUAUAAUUUCAGUCAAACUAAUGAAAUCAGUUCCAGUGAACAAAAUCGUGAACGGAAUAAAAUGAAUUGGCUAGCACGUGCUGUCUCUGCUCCGGAUACACCUCGUCCUUACAAAAAAGAGGCCCAUCAUAUAGAUACUACUACUAAUAAUAAUAUUCGAAAAAGUGUGUUGACAACAACCACCGCGCCGAGUAUAGUAAAAACACGAAAACCUAUUGAUAGUUGUCCGAAGAAAUUAUAUCCAACCCAGGGAAUUGUUGAACCGUCACCACCACCGCCAUCAGCACCACCAUCUCAUACCAAUCGAUUGUCUAUACAGAAUAGACCUAAAGAUUUAGCAAUUCAACGACUCGCAUCACCGCGACCAUAUGAAAUUCGUGCGGAUGAUCUACUGGUUAAUGAAUCAGUAACUGGUAAAGAUUGUACAAAUCCGCUGCCUUUAUUUAAUCGACCUAAAACUAAGUCGAAUCAACGAUCAUAUUCAGCCACCCAAUUGAUGAAUACAAGCUCACCGACUCAGCAUACUUCUCCUUCAAUAAUUGACGAUGAAUCAAUUAGUUUACGGACAACGCGUAAACAACCUUGUUUCAUUGAUGAUGACAUGAGUGUUAAUCAUCCUCCACGCUGCAGUCUUCAUCAUCAUCAUCAUCAAUGUCAACAACAACAGUCAUCACAUCAACUGAAUAGUCCUAGAACUCUACGUGCAUCUGUGGAUUUCACUUCGAAGGUAUCCUUGAUGUCACUGUCAUCUUCAUCUUAUCAAGACCCUGAAAAUACUUUUCUUACUGCAAGAAGAUAUCCAUCCCAGUCUAUCACCAGUAGUAGACAGACGGACGAUCGAUUGACGAAUAAUAAUAGUAAUAAUAACGAAACUCUACGCAGAAGCUCAACACGAAUGUCUAAUCCAACUUUGUCGCAUACAAAAGAAGAAUCGAAUUCAAUUAAAUCCGCUAUCGAAUCAUUGCAUGCUCUACGUGUAGCCUUAGAUUUGGCUGUUGAACGCUUAGCUAAAUUAACCUGUCAUAACCAUAAAAGUAAAGAAUACUCUGGUCUACGAGAUAUUGUCAGUGAAGAACUUGAAUGGAGAUUUUCACGCCUACGUGCUAUGCUUGGUUUAUCACCGGUUUGUGUUGAAGCACCAGUUGCUCGUGUUCUCCUUGCUGAUAUUGUAGAACGCCUGAUACCAGAGUUGAAGUCAGUUGGUGCAGGUUUAGAUAUUCAAAGCUCAAUAAUAGACAGUGAUAAUACUACUACGGAUAGUGGAGCAUUACAGUAUAUUAAUCAUCAAUCAGAAUUAUAUAAAUCGAUAAAUUUAUCUGAUACUUCUGUAUAUGAUUUAACUGAAAUUAGUAAUUCAACUAUUAAUCCUAAUAAAAGUAAAGAUGCCGCCACUCUUGAUGAUGAUGAUGAUGAUGAUGGCGGUGACGAGGAAGAUGAUGACGGCGGCGGCGGUGUUGAUGAAGAUAUAGAAGGCGAUCAUGUAGAGAAAGCCAAUCACUCAAGCGAUAAUAUUGGUAAAGCUAACACUGAGAUGUUGUCAGCAUCAUCACCAGUCUCUUCAUUAAACACUUCACGAUUGUGUUGUAAAGUUGAAAUGAACAGUCGCUGUACAGAAGAAGAAGAAGAAGAACUAAAGUGUAGUACUCAAGAGAAGAAAACACUAGAGACAACAUGA